AAGCAAGAGCGCUAAAAAUUUUUUCUGUAAUAUUUGUUUACACUUUGAUCGCAAAUUUGUUUAAUACCGCUGGCAGAAAUAAUUAAAAAUGUCCAUGUCUAGAAGCAGCCUUGGCAGCCACGACAGAAAACUAAGAUAUCGAGCUCUGCUAGAUGAUUUAUCUACUCUUGAGGAUGAAAACGACAACAAUGUGCAACGUAUGGAGAAGACUGCUAAUGCAGUCAAAGAAGUACAGUCCCUUCUGGCUGAGGGUGGAGUGGAAGAACGCGUGAAACACCCAGGGGAAGGCUACCUAGACUCCCGGGUGCUCCGUGCCACCAGCGACCUGGCGGUGCGCUGUUCGGAAGCCGUCAGCGGAAACGCCAACACUUACGACAAGCACGAGCUGGCUGCUCAUAUUCGUGAAAACCCAGACUUCUGGGACUUCGCGUUUCCGCGUGAGGCGCCGCCCCUAGCCUUUCUCUUCGGGACGUUCGCCCCCACGCCGCCCGAACAGAGGCCUAGGGCGCCGCGGCGUCGCGUGGAGAAACAACAGGCCGCUGCGUUGAAGGCACCAGAAAACGUUGAAAAACUGGAAAAAACCGAAGAAGGCUCAGAAAUGGUUAGCCGCGUGAACCGGUUCAUCAUCAAGAGCUACCGGGCCGGCGGCUCGAAGCCUCUGAGCUACUUCCACCUGGUGCUGGACCCGGCCAGCUUCAGCCGGACCGUGGAGAACGUCUACCACCUGUCCUUCCUGGCGCGCGACGGGAUGCUGGCUUUGGAGAAAGACGACGAGUGGGGGCUGCCAUUCGUGACUCCAGUGGCGGAGGCCGCGCAGCAACAGACCGAUAUUUCAGAAGAGAACCAGUUCAUCGUCUCCAUAGACAUGCAGAGGUGGCAGGAACUAAUAGAAGCGUUUGACAUAAAGAAACCAAUGAUGGUGCUGAAACGAAAGUAGCUGAAUCGCUACUCCUUAAUUAUUAUGUGUAGCAUUAAGUUUGUUAAUUCGUCUGUAUUGUAAAUAAUUAUC